AUGGGGUGCAGCUCGUCACGCUCUGCGGAUGUUGGUGGCCGGCACAUCAUUGUCCAUGCCGCACCACUUCAUCGUGACCACGAAGCGAAAUCGGCCAAUGCCGUUUCGCCAAACCCAUGCCUCGCGGCUGCCGAGUCAACGCUGACCAGUCUCACCAUCGUCAUUAGCUUUGGCCCCGACGAGGCCAGGUACGAGCUAGCAUCAGAAGUCGAUGCGCUACAUGACAUCGUUGCCGAGCGCAAUGCCGAAUCUGGCGCCUGGUUCUUCCAGGGUCGCAUCACGCCACUGGGCGUCAUCGCUGCCCUCGCUGUUCUUCAUCCCGACCUCGACAUCAACCUCGGCACCGAGUGGUGCCUACACUCAGCGGGGGGAUGGCGGCAACAGGCGAUGCAGGCAGUCACAAACUGCAAUGACAUUCACGUUGGCGCGGCUGACGUCGAGCUGCCAUCUCCCGAGCCGGUCGCCGCCGUCAUCUCUGCUGGUGGAUGGGGGAGUUGCGCCGAGCAAGGGUGGCGCCUCUCGCUCAACGGCAUGGAGAUGCAUGGCGUUCACAAGGCCGCGACCUGUCGGUCGGUCAUGCCUGGUGAUGUGCUCGAACUCGCCCUUGUGCCGCGGGCGGCCCUGUCUGUCGUCCGCUUCAGCACUCGCCCAACCCGGGCCGACAUCAUCACCGCCAUCCAGCCCAAUCUGGCAAGUACCCGUACAGAGAGCACUUCAGCUGGCUUGCUCACGCCGUCGCCGCGGAAGCACUCGGACAUAGUUGUUGCUCAGCGCCCUCGCGUCAUCCUCCGCAUUGCCGUGGCAGGGGUACACCCGACUGCCGCCAUGGGCUGUGGCUCGUCACGCAAGCCGCAGCUGCCUGCCUCACCCAAGCGGCAACUGCCCAAGCACUACUACUCCACGGUGCAGCGCGGGUAUGCCCUCGAAGUCCUCCUCUCGCCUUCCUCCACGCCCGUCUCCUUUGCCCUCGCGCCGUCGUCGGCCAACCUCGCACCACCACCGGCAGCCACCGCAGUCACUGCGGCGGGUGGCUCUGCCAGCCUCCUCUCCGGAGACACGCACGGCUCACCAGGCUCACCAAGAUCACCGGGCUUGUCAUCGUCUCCGAAGAGCACAACAACAUCAAUGGAGCGGGUCGACUCGUCCGAGUCCUCGCUCGCCUCGUGGGUCUCCACCCCCCGGUCAAAGCUCUCGGUCACUGAGCUCUUUACUUGCCUCAACAUGGCCCAUCCGGAGCUCCAGUUGCUAGAGGCACCGGCAGAAGCGGAAGGCCGCCGAUUCUCGGCCGUCGUCUCGGUCAUGGGCCAUGCUGCCGACAACUACCACGCAUGGUGGCUCCGCGUCAAUGGCUCCUUUGUCCACAAGUUCUUCCUCGUUGACGGCUCGGUCAUUCCGGACGACGUCAUCGAGCUCGUCCGCGUCCGCCUCGACAACCCGCUCCUCCAGCAGCCGACCGCCACAACAGGCCAUCGCUCCUGAUCCCACCCGCCACCUUCCACACCAUCUGCCUUUGCCCCGAGCUUGGUGACUGUCACCACUCGCACCCGCUGGCUCCCGGUGCUCUACUCAUCCCUGGUCUCUGCCACCCCAAUCACACCCACACCCUCUUGUCAGGAACCAGGCCAUGAUCGGUCCUCCCCUAUUUACCGCACUCCUUCAACUCCAUCCCCUCCAUCCCAUCCUCUGUAAACUCGUCCUCCAAGUC